AUGCGUCCAUCGGUGAUUCGGGGAUCGCUCCGUGCUUCGCUCGCUCGCGGAUUCGGCGCUCGACCGCGCCGCCUGCGCAUCGCCAUCAUGGCGGCCCCCGGGGUGGAGGCGCGGGCGCUGUUCGCAGAGGGGGUUCGGGCCGUGCUGGGGGGGUGGGCGGCGCUGCAGCUGGCGGUGGCGCAGGGUUUCGGGGGGCCGCAGGGUCCCGAAAAGGCCGCGUGGCUCAGCUCGGCGCUGCUCGAUUUCUUCACGCAGAACGCUGACCUGGAGCAGGAGGAGGUGGAAGAUUUCCUGGCCGAGGUGAUGGACAACGAGUUCGACACAGUGGUGGAGGACGGCAGCCUGCAGCAGAGAGAGGGGAGGAGGAGGAAGAGGAGGAGAGCGACGAGGAAGAGGAGGAGGCCAUGGAGUGCGGGACACCCCCGCCCCCCUCGGACGGCUGGACCGUGGUGCAGCGGCGGCGGCGGCGAUGAUGGGGGGAGGGGUGUCCUGUGUGUCCCCCCCCAGCUUGGGGGACACCCCUCCCCCACCCUGCUCCCCAAACUGGGGGGGAAUAAAGGCCCCUCCCCCCAUGGGAGUGGGAAGAGAUGUUGUGUGAUUAUUGAAGGGAGAGGCCGCUUAGAGAGCCCCUGGCCCCACUGCGACCGCAGAGAUAACUCCCAGUUUAACCCAGUCCCUCCCAGUAUAGCCCAGUCCCUCCCAUUGCCCCGCCCAUCAUGGCGACCGCUCUGA